AUGGCUUUUGUCUACAGAAGUGAAAUUAAAUCUACAUACAUCCCAAAGACAGAAAAAGUGGGACCUGGAUAAUAUGAUUAAAGCUCAGAUUAAGAGUUCAAGCCAAAUCUUUAUCCAUUUAAUUCAACGGUUGAAAAAUGCUUACAAAAGCAGAAUUAAUAAACAAAAGGGCCAGGUCCUGGGGCUUAUAAUUUAUAAGGAUCAUUUGAAACAUAAAAAGUUAUCUUUUAAUCUGAUGAAUAAGAAAUCAAAAUUUUGGAAAUGCCAAAACCAAUAUCAGUGUUCAGAUCAAGUACAUUAAGAUUUAAAGAAGAGUAAUAAUAAGGACCUGGGUAUUUAGAUUAAAUCUAAUUAUUAGUCCUAAUUAUUAUUUCUAAGAAGAACGCAGGAAAUUUUAUUCUGCAAGCUAGAAAAAUCCAAAACCUAAAUUAAAUGUAAUGGAAUAAUUAGUGAAUGAAAAUAAAUAUAUUAGCAUUCCAUCGAUACCAUCAAAUAUUCAUUAAGGCUACGUUGAAAAUUCAGGUAAUAAAUUCUAAAAAUCUUAGAAUCUCAACUCGAAUAAAAAAAUGGAGUUAAUUAGUCUUAUGAAGUUGGUCCAGGUUCUUAUGAUUUUAAGAGUGUUUUUAGCAAUAAAAAACCAAGAGGAGUAUCUUGGCACAAAUCUAAUAAAAAAUAACAGUCUAUAAAUACAGAGAAUAAUAUUGGACCUGGUUAAUAUGAUAUAAUUAGUAAUUGUUAGCCAAUGUAUCAAAUGAAACCAACAACAUCAUUUAGUUCUAAAUUAAAUAGAUAUUCUGAUUUUAAAUUCAGAAAUGCUAAAAAUAAUAAUGGAGUAAUCAAGAAAGGAUUAGAUAAUAAGUCAUAGAGUUUUCAUCUCUCUACGAAUUCUGGUACAACAGCAAGAGAUACAGAUUAAGAAUCCGAAUAUAGUUACAUAGAAGUAUUUAAUGAAUGUAUAUAAGGAUGCCACACCUGGACCUGGAUAUUAUGAAAAUGCUUCAACACAAUAAACAAUAUCUUAAUAUUUAAAGAAAUCAUAGAUAAAAGGCUCAAUAAGAGCAAGAACUAAAAGAUUUCUACUAAAUUAAAACCAUAUACCUGGACCUGGAAGUUACUAGGUAGAUGUUAUUUAACAAAAAUAAUAAGGUCCAUAACCUCCAUUUUUGAUAGCUAGAAAACGUUUUGAUGAAAAAUUAUCUGAAAGUCCUCCACCAGGAAAUUAUAAAGUAAUUGAUACUAUGGAACAAAGAUUAAUCUCGAAAUUAGUCAAGGCACCUUUAGGUUAAUUUGGAUCAAAUGAAGAUAGAUUUAAGAAUUCAAAUAUUGAAUAACCUGGGCCUGGUACUUAUGAUAUUAUGGAUGAAGAAAUUAAAAAUAAUAAGAAAAAAAAAUUUAAAGGUACUUCUAGUUUUUUAAGUCAUGUUCCUAAAAUUUAAGAAUUACUUAUUCCAGAUAUGUAUCCUUCACCUGUAGCAUAUCAUGUUGAUUAACAUACAAUAGAAAGAAAAAUUGUAAAAACAGAAGAAGAUAAUCCAAAAUUAGCUGUUAUAAAACCUCCAUUUGGCGUUGCAGAAGAAAGAUGGAAAAUUAAAGAAGAAAUUGAAGAAGAUGAUGAUGAUGAACCUAUAUUUAUGAAUAAAUCCUAGAUUAAUUCAAUAAAUUUAUACAAAAAGAAAAAAAAAGAUUAACCACCCUUUUUAAUUAAGGUUUAAAGUUUUUUNAAGGCUACGUUGAAAAUUCAGGUAAUAAAUUCUAAAAAUCUUAGAAUCUCAACUCGAAUAAAAAAAUGGAGUUAAUUAGUCUUAUGAAGUUGGUCCAGGUUCUUAUGAUUUUAAGAGUGUUUUUAGCAAUAAAAAACCAAGAGGAGUAUCUUGGCACAAAUCUAAUAAAAAAUAACAGUCUAUAAAUACAGAGAAUAAUAUUGGACCUGGUUAAUAUGAUAUAAUUAGUAAUUGUUAGCCAAUGUAUCAAAUGAAACCAACAACAUCAUUUAGUUCUAAAUUAAAUAGAUAUUCUGAUUUUAAAUUCAGAAAUGCUAAAAAUAAUAAUGGAGUAAUCAAGAAAGGAUUAGAUAAUAAGUCAUAGAGUUUUCAUCUCUCUACGAAUUCUGGUACAACAGCAAGAGAUACAGAUUAAGAAUCCGAAUAUAGUUACAUAGAAGUAUUUAAUGAAUGUAUAUAAGGAUGCCACACCUGGACCUGGAUAUUAUGAAAAUGCUUCAACACAAUAAACAAUAUCUUAAUAUUUAAAGAAAUCAUAGAUAAAAGGCUCAAUAAGAGCAAGAACUAAAAGAUUUCUACUAAAUUAAAACCAUAUACCUGGACCUGGAAGUUACUAGGUAGAUGUUAUUUAACAAAAAUAAUAAGGUCCAUAACCUCCAUUUUUGAUAGCUAGAAAACGUUUUGAUGAAAAAUUAUCUGAAAGUCCUCCACCAGGAAAUUAUAAAGUAAUUGAUACUAUGGAACAAAGAUUAAUCUCGAAAUUAGUCAAGGCACCUUUAGGUUAAUUUGGAUCAAAUGAAGAUAGAUUUAAGAAUUCAAAUAUUGAAUAACCUGGGCCUGGUACUUAUGAUAUUAUGGAUGAAGAAAUUAAAAAUAAUAAGAAAAAAAAAUUUAAAGGUACUUCUAGUUUUUUAAGUCAUGUUCCUAAAAUUUAAGAAUUACUUAUUCCAGAUAUGUAUCCUUCACCUGUAGCAUAUCAUGUUGAUUAACAUACAAUAGAAAGAAAAAUUGUAAAAACAGAAGAAGAUAAUCCAAAAUUAGCUGUUAUAAAACCUCCAUUUGGCGUUGCAGAAGAAAGAUGGAAAAUUAAAGAAGAAAUUGAAGAAGAUGAUGAUGAUGAACCUAUAUUUAUGAAUAAAUCCUAGAUUAAUUCAAUAAAUUUAUACAAAAAGAAAAAAAAAGAUUAACCACCCUUUUUAAUUAAGGUUUAAAGUUUUUUAAUAUAUAGAAAGAAAGAUUUGUUUAAAGUGAUUAAAAGAAUGUUUAACCUGGACCUUCAGAUUAUGCUGAUGGAACUUUCCCAAAUUGGAAUAAGAGAACAUUUAACAUCAUAUUUGCAGACAUUUGA